AUGUCUGUUCGCGUCAGUUUAUUUUUAUGCGCUUGUGCGCAUGUCUGUGUGUGCAUGUCUUUCUUUGCUCAUGCGCCUGAUUAUUCUGCUUUCUUUCUUCCUGCUGACAUCUUUCUUUCUGCCUUUUUUUUUCUCAGCGAUAUUUUUUCUUUCAUUUUUUUAAUUUUAUUUGUGAUAUAUUCCAGUGAUUCCUUUCUUUCUUUCUUUCUUUCUUUCUUUUCUUUUCUUUUCAUUUCUAGUGAUACCUUCUUUAUUUCUUUUCUUCUUUUGGUACUUUCUUUCUCUCUCUCUCUCUCUCUCUCUCUCUCUCUCUCUUUCUUAUUUUCUUUCUUUUCCUUUCCCGGCGUUUCUUUAUUUACUGCUUGUCAUAAUUCUAUCUUUGUCUACUACUUUCUUUCUUUCUGUCUUUCUUUCUUUCUUUUCCUUAUUAUUUCUUCUUUUUUCUUUGAUUUAUUUAUUUAUUUGUUUUUCCAACAAUUCCUACUUUCAAUCUAUUCUAUUCUUUCUUUCUUUUUUCCAGAUAUUUCUUAUUUAUUUGUUUUCUUUGUUUUAUUUGUGACAUAUUUAAUAUAUUCUUAG